CAUUCUGUCACGUCUCUCUAGUGUUACUGCGUAACGUAGGUGGCCGCUGCCGGCCAUGUCGUCGUCGUCCGCUGCCGCGCUGGGCUCCGACGACGGCUGCUCGCCGGCGGAGCUGCGGCCGAGCCGGUACGAGUCGCAGAAGCGCCGGGACUGGCAGACCUUCACGCAGUACCUCGCCGCGCACCGCCCGCCGCUCGAGCUCCGCCGCUGCAGCGGCGCCCACGUCCUCGAGUUCCUCCGCUACCUCGACCGCUUCGGCAAGACGCGCGUCCACGAGCCGCCGUGCCCGUCGUACGGCGGCCGCUCGCCGUCCGCCGCCGGCCCGGUCGCCGCCGCCGCCGCCGCAUGCCAGUGCCCGCUGCGCCAGGCGUGGGGCAGCCUCGACGCGCUCGUCGGCCGCCUCCGCGCCGCCUACGACGAGCGUCACGGCCGCGCCGGGGAGCCCGACGCCGUCGCGGGCGCCGGCGCGGUCGCCACCGACAGUACCUCCUCCUCCUCCGCCGCCGCCGCCAACCCCUUCGCCGCGCGCGCCGUGAGGCUGUACCUGCGCGACGUCCGCGACGCGCAGGCCAUGGCGCGCGGCAUCUCCUAUCACAAGAAGAAGAAGCGCAGGGGCGGCAACAUGAACGGCGCCCGCGGCGGCGGCGGCGGCGGCGCGCGCGCGGGCGUGAACGACGGCGAUGCGACGGCGCCGCCGGUGGCGGUGACCCCGGGGCUACCUCUGCCGCCGCUGCCACCGUGCCUCAACGGUGUGCCGUUCGAGUACUGCGACUUCGGGAGCGUCCUCGGGGGAGCACAUGGCGCCCAUGGCGGCCAUGGCGGCGGCGGCGGCGGCUUCUACGGCGCCGGCGUCUACUUGCCAUUUCUGUACAACACCUUCAGUUAGUUAGCUAGCUAGCUAGUUCGUCGUGUAUUUGUCUGUGCUUCUCACUGUGGUUGCUUCAGUGUACUAGCUAGCUACAUGUGUGAUGUGUCUGCAUCUUGUGAUCAUCUUGAUCUGUGCUUUGAUGCUGAUCGAUCCAGCAUAUCCGUACGUGUUCGUUCCGUUGCUUCGGAUCUUAAUUAACUAAUUUAAUUGUGCUAAUUAAUUU